GUGCGCAAGUGUACGCGCAUAUACAUGCGCGUUCCAUCGCGUAUCGCCAUAUCGGCUGCGCUGCGAUAUAAGUAGUAGUAGGCGGGGGCUCUCUCGAGCCGACCGACAGCAGGAUAUCUCUGGAGAAACCAGCUGCGUAGCUCCUGAUCAAUUUCCGAGUUAUGAGUUUUAUCGAGCGCCGCCUUCGCGCGGAGCUGUAUUAGCUGUGUAUAAAGCAGUAGGCAACUCCGGGCAGCAAGUAUCCAGCUCCAGACCGGAGGCAAGCACACACUUACGAUUAAUAAGGACCAUUCCAGCAGCAUGAUUCAUUCGGGCUCGGCUCCCAUACAACGCGUGUGUCAGUGUGCAAGCGCAGCGUUAAAACGGUAAUAAAACGAAGAAAGUCAGGGAGAAGUUAUUAUUGCAGGCCGUGGCUGCAGCAGAGAGAAGAGCAGACUGCACACGAGUGGCGGCUGCGAGAUGAACAAGUGCAGACCGCUGCAAGCUGCCUCAGUGCGGGACUGCUGCAGCUGCCGCUACUGCUCGAGUUAUUAGUGACAAGCUCCUGAGUAACAAGUAAUAACAAUAAAUGCCUCUGUAUCUGCGAGUCGACCAGCAGCGCAGGCCAACUGCAGCCAUGGAGGAUUUCAACGAGACCGCGGAGGUCUCCGUCGUCGACGUCUACGACAUCGCCUCCGAGAUCGGCAAAGAGUGCGAAAAGCUCAUCGACACGUACGGCGCCGAUUCUAUAACCAACCUGAUGCCCAAGGUGAUCAAUGCUCUCGAGCUACUCGAAAGCUUCGCCACGAAAAAUGAACGCGAGAACACGACGGUCCAGGAACUCAGGACCAAGAUUUCACAGCUCGAAUCGGAUAAGAUUGGCAAAGCCGAAGACAGACAGCGCUUCGAAAAGGAACUCGAGCAAAUUGAGGAGCAUUGGAGACAAGAAUCUCGUGAUUUGCUGGAGAUGGUCACCAGAUUGCAAGAGGAAAACAGGCGACUCGCCGCUGCUGUGCAAGAAACUCAAAGCGACAGCGAAGAAAGCACUAAGCAAACUUUCACCGCGAGUCAAGAGGUGGACAUCGCAGUGCUGCAGCGCUUGAGAACAAUGAUUGACAAGCAGAGGGAUCAAAUUCGCAGUCGCGAUCGGGAGCUUUCGCAAAAGAAUGAAGAAAUCGAAAACUUGAACAAUCAAGUGGACAAAUUGAGCGUUGUUGGCAGGGAACUGAAGCGCAAACAAAGACAAGCACAAAUGCAAGCUCGUGGUUUGGUGGAGGAGCGCGCGGAUUUUCUAGCACAACUGCAAGAUCAAAAUCGAGAGCUCAUCAAUCUCAGAGCGAGGCUUGGCCUCGCGAGAAAGGAAAACGAAGACCUCUCCAAGUCGUCCCAGGCAUAUCCCGAUUUAACAAAUAAGGCUGUAUACGACUUGGACGAUCCCGACAGGCCGAGGUUCACUACCACGGAACUGAAGGAAAUUCUGCACGAGAGAAAUGAACUGAAAGCCAGAGUCUCGGAUCUAGAAGACGAACUCGAGCUGUAUCGUCCGAAAGCAGAACCAGCGGAAGACGAAAAGGAUGCUCCAGUUCAAGGUCCACUACCUUAUGAACCAGACGACGCUCCAUGGAAGAAAGCUUCAGAAUCUGGAAUACGCAAAUUUUUCAGAAAAAUAUUUUCGGAAACGAGUGGUGGCUUCUUGGGUGGUAGCAGUCCACGACGCAGUCUUUCUAGUCUAUCGAAAAUGGCUCUGUCUGGGAAUAGUAGCGGAGAAACUUCGUUUUAAUUUGUCAAAGCGUCGUGAAAACAUUUCAAAUUGCCAAAAAAAAAAGA